UUUUGUUAAAUAAUACAAAUGAACCAGAUAUAGAGCCAAUAAUAAACACACAAUUUAUUGAAACUUCUCACAAAAAUGAUACAAAAAUAGAUUCUAAUGAGACCUCUCCUGUAGACCAUGGUUUGACUAAUGAACCAAAUGUCGUGUAUAUAACCGACAAUUCAAUUAAAAAUGACAAUUUUCAAAACCAAUUCAUUGAAAGUGAAAACAAACACCAAGAAGUAUUCAAUUCUAUUGAUUCAAAUGAUUUAAACCAAAUGAACGAAGAAUCAAUUAUUUGGAAUAAUAAUUCAAUGAUCACAAACUUUAAUAUACUAAACAAUACGACAACUACUGAUUUAAUUAAUACUUUGGAUGAAAGCGAAGACAAUUUGCUAAAUAAAAACAACGAUAGUUUGUUGAAUAAAAAUGGAGAGGAUAGUGAAAAUUGGAAAGACAAAGAUGAAGAGCCGACAAAUUUACCGAUUAGUGAAAUAACGGUUAAUUUGGCUAAAAAACAGAAAAAGAGAAAAAAUAAGAAAAAUAAUAGAAAAGACUCACAGAUGAAGAACUCUGUGGAAGAGAUUAACGAAGAGAAAGGUGUGAAUAGGAGUGAAGAAAUAAAACUGAUUGAUAACACGGAAUCAAUGAAUGAAAUACCAAACAAAUCCAUUUCUAUCCAAAAUUCUAAUAUUCCAGAAUAUUCUUUUAAUGAAUGCAAUUCUAUCAUUACUUUAGAUUCUUUAAAAUCAGAUCCAAACAAAAUUCAUACUUUAGAUGACAAAGAUUUCACAGAAUCUAUUGAUCCAAAACAAAUCAUUUCAAUAGAUAAUAACUCAGAAGAAACCAUAACAAACAUAACCACAAAUGGAGAUUCAAACACCAAAUUAGAUAUCAAUACAUUAAACCAUAAAAUUAAAGAAAUAACUGAAGAGUCACCAAAAAUUGUCUUACAAUCAGAUGAAUGUAAAGAAAAUGGUUUUAGUGGAAAUGAUAUAAUAAACUCAAAUGAGUUGAUUUUGUCACCGAAACAAAUGAAUAAAUCUGGUAAUUCUUCAUCAGAAAUCACUUCAAAUAUCACUACAAAUAAUGAACCAAAUGAAGAAUAUGCCAUAAAUGAAAAUUGGGUUAAUAAUGAAUCUAUCGAUUCUACUAUUGAACUGAAUUUAGAUACGAAUAAUUUAAAAUCAAAUAACGAAUUAACAGAAAUAAUGAAUGAAGAGAUCUAUGAAUUUGAUACAAAUAAAAGAAAAGCAAAAUAUAAGAAAAUGAAUGAAAAAGACGAUUCAAAGAAACCAUUGAUUGACUGUAAUAUUGAACAAAAUGACAAUCAAUUUGAUAAUGAUUUACAAACAUUGAGUGAAAUUGAAUUAAACAUUGAAGAAAACACUGACAAAGUAUCAAAACCUGAAAAUAAAUUCAUUUAUCUCAACGAUAAUAGCGAAGAAAUAAACAAUGAAAUUGACAAUCAAUUGGAGGAAUUGGAGGAAUUGGAUGAUUCAGAUGAAGACAUUAUUGAAUUUGCGUCAAAAAGUAACGAAAAUACAGACAAAAAGGAUAUUUGUAGUGAUUUACAAGCAAUGGAUGGACACAAUAUUGACGAAAAUCUUUAUGACGCCGAUUUAUCCGAUAAUUUAAAUAAUGGUUUCGAGAGUGACAAUGAAGACAAUAUCUGGUUAAAUGAUAUCCGAACCAGAUUUGGACCAAUUCUGGAGACAAACCAACUCGAAACCGAUGACAAAGACUUGUUGUCCAUACGUUUGAACCAAUUUCUGGAAAUUCUCUCAGAAGUGAAUAACAUUGAGACAACGAAAGCAAAACAAUUGAAUUCUCGAAACAAAGUCAGAAUAUUUUGUCAGAAAGAGAUUAAAAGGUUAAACGACAAACUCAUUAAACUAAGAAGUGAAUCACCGGAACUAUUGGCUAAAGACAAAGGGACCCAACGAGGGCCGAAGCGUAACAUAUUAGGCUAUAUGAGUCGAGCACUGAGGGCGUCGAUACCGAUUCAGGCGCUUAUGUUCAUACUAUUGGGCGCCGCAUCUCUUGUGCCCACCGCUGACGAGGACUACAGUUGUCUUCUAAUGAAUAAUUUUCUGCAUUCAUUUCAACCGAUGCUGGACUUCCCCAAUGGUCCGCCACCUUAUAAUGUAAAAUACUCGAGACAAGAGUUUGAAGAGUUUUUGAUGACAUUUGGCAAACAAUACACAAAUGACAGCAAAGGUACCACUCAUGAGACGCGCCACCGAUUGUCUGCAAGCAAUCAUUUGUUUGAUUUGUUGCAGAAUAUGAGCGAAGAUUUAAAAAAUUUGAUGACAAUUAAGCUGUUGAACGACAAUGAGUUGGGAACAGCUGUCUAUGGAGUGACACAAUUUGCUGAUCUCACGCCUCAGGAGUUCAGACAACACUAUACCGGCUUCAGACCCGACCUCCACAACAACGACUCCAUUCAUAUGAGACAUAUAAGUGGACACAACAUCCGUUACACAGAUCUUCCCACAAACUUCGACUGGAAGGACAGUCCCGGUGUUGUCUCUGGCGUCAAGAACCAGGGAAUGUGCGGGAGUUGUUGGGCCUUCAGCGCCACCGGCAAUAUAGAGGGUGUCUCUGCGAUUGUCAACAACAAAUCGGUGUCCCUUUCUGAACAAGGUGAACUGGUCGAUUGUGACAAACUAGACCAGGGAUGCAAUGGAGGCCUUCCCACCAAUGCCUUCAAGACAGUCAUCGACAUAGGUGGCAUAGAGGGUGAGAGCGACUAUCCAUAUGAUGGUAGGGAUGAGAAGUGUGCUUUCAAUCGGUCGCUUUCGAAGACAACAAUUGAUUCGUAUGUGGUUUUGCCUGAAGACGAGACAGCAUUAGCGCAAUGGCUCCAUAAGUUUGGUCCCAUUUCUAUCGGCAUUAACGCCAACGCAAUGCAGUUCUACUUCGGAGGCAUAUCUCAUCCCAUGAAAUGGUUGUGUAAUCCUAAGAAUCUGGAUCACGGGGUCCUCAUCACGGGCUUCGGUGUCGGCAAGACUAAGAUUCUUCACAAAACUCAGCCCUUUUGGACCAUCAAAAAUAGUUGGGGUCCCGGUUGGGGUGAAAAGGGUUAUUAUCGCGUAUAUAGAGGUGAUGGCACCUGUGGUCUCAAUCUGAUGGCCUCUUCGGCAUGGAUUGACACUCACGCGAGACAUUAAUUCAACGAUUGAUUUAGUAAUAUAACAAAUUGAUUAUAG